CUCUCUAGGUCUUUUUGGUUGUUUAGAAGGGGCUUCUUUCUCUUCGACUUCGGCGGCUCUGCUCGCGAUCCAGUGCAAAGAAGACAGCUGUUGUACUCCAUUGAAGUUGAUUUGGAGCUUCGAUUUCUGGCUAACAUUACGAUCUAGGGUUUUUGGUUGUGGCGGUGGGUAUUAUUUUUGUUAUAUUCGUUCAAUUUUCUUGGAUUUUGUACAUCACGUUCUGUGAAUUGUCGUCGGCUUCUGUCGGAGUUCUUUCUGGUGAAGGGUUUCGCUGUUCAUUGAGCCAGCAAGUUAUAACUGAGUUGGGUAUUAAGUGAACUGAUUUGCCCCAGCGAAUAGAAGGAACAAGAUAAGUGCUGGAAUUAAUAUGAUGGCGAAGAAUGAUAAAUUCCAUGGAGGAUUUCAUCGAAAUUCAUUUGACACAGUGGGUGAUUUGGAGGAUUCUGGUAGCUCAGGACGGAUUGAUACAGAGAUUACUGCAUCUGAGGAUUCAAGUGCUCCGACGAGGAAAUGCAUUAACUUAAAUUCCAAUAAACAGGACACUUUUGGUGUUCCUCUACAAGUCCUUUCUCUAUCAGGCAUGUCACCAUCUGAAAGAAAGGAUUUAAUACGUCGGUUGAAAUUUGAACUUGAACAGUUGAGGAUACUCCAAAAAAAAGUGGAGUUGACAGCAAAUGCUGUUGCAAUGUCUUCUUCCAGCGACAUUCUCAGCUGUAGCAAUGGGACAAAUGGGCCUCAGGUUGCAAAUUUUAGGAAGUCAUCAGUGAUGGCCUCUGGGCCAGGGAAGAAAGCCAACCCUACAGGCAAAGUGCGUGAGUGGAAUAGGAGUAGUUCUGGAAGGUUCAAGUCUGCAAAGCAGGCUCCUGUUCCAAUCAGUACAAAUAUGAUGGUGAUGAAACAGUGUGAGACACUGUUGGGUAGAGUGAUGACUCAUCAGCAUGGAUGGGUUUUUAAGGAGCCAGUUGAUGUAGUGAAGUUGAACAUUCCUGAUUAUUUUACUAUCAUUAAGCAUCCAAUGGAUUUGGGAACUGUAAAAAGGAAGAUAGUCUCAGGUGUAUACUCAAGCCCAUUGGAAUUUCUUGCUGAUGUGAGGCUUACUUUCAAUAAUGCAAUGGAGUACAAUCCAAAGGGGCAUGAUGUACACAUCAUGGCUGAUACGCUUAGUAAAUUUUUUGAAGUGAGAUGGAAAACUAUUGAAAAGAAAUUACCCAAGACUGAUGCUCAAGCUGUGCAGGCAAAUUCAGGCCCUCAUGAAGACCUGCAAAGUACUGAAACAUGUCCCAUUAAAAAGAGGAAAGUAACUUCAUAUCAACAUGAAAUUGUGCCAGAGCCUGCUAGGCGCAUAAUGACAGAUGAUGAGAAGCAGAAAUUAGGAAGAGAGUUAGAGGAUUUGUUGGGAGAAAUGCCUGUAAAUAUCAUUGAUUUUUUGAGGGAGCAUAGUUCAAAUGGAAGGGGUGCUGGAGAGGACGAAAUUGAGAUAGAUAUUGAUGAUCUCAGUGAUGACACUUUGUUCAUGUUGCGGAAGCUUUUAGAUGACUAUUUGCAAGAGAAACAAAAGAAUGAAGCAAGGGGGGAACCUUGUGAGAUAGAGCUAUUGAAUGUAUCUGGGCUAAGCAAUUCAUCCAUGCAACAACAAAAAGGGAAUGACCCUGCUGAUGAGGAUGUUGAUAUUGGUGGUAACGAGCCUCUUGUCUCAAGCUAUCCUCCUGUGGAGAUAGAAAAGGAUAAAGGCCACAAUAGCACUAAAUGUAUCAGUUCAAGCAACUCCAGUGAGUCAUGUCCAGAAUCUGUUAGUGGGUUGGAUCAACUUGAGCAGACUUCCCAGCAAAAGCCAAGUUCUGUUGAGUCAGAUCAUCGUCAAGAUGGGGACAGGGCUCCAACUGAGAGGCAGGUCUCCCCUGAGAAGCUCAUCAGGGCUGCAAUUCUGAAGAACCGAUUUGCUGAUACGAUAUUAAAAGCUCGAGAAAAGACUCUUUUGCAGGUUGAUAAGGAUCCGGAGAAACUGAGACGGGAGAUGGAGGAGCUUGAGUUGCAGAAGAAGAAAGAAAAAGCUAGAUUGCAAGCAGAGGCCAAGGCUGCUGAAGAUGCUAGAAAGCGAGCUGAGAUAGCAGCUGCAGCUGAGGCUAGGCGGAAGAGGGAGCUUGAGAGAGAAGCAGCACGUCAGGCAUUGUUGAAGAUGGAAAAAACUGUUGAAAUUAAUGAGAACUCUCGGUUUCUUGAAGACUUAGAAAUGCUUAGGACUGCAGCUCCCGAGCAUUUACCAAGCUCUGUAGAUGAGACAAGCCCAGAUCACUCACAGGAUGGCUUGGGAAGUUUUAAGUUCGGGGGAAGUAACCCCCUGGAACAGCUUGGUUUGUUCAUGAAACAGGAUGAUGACGAGGAAGAGGGCGAGCCAUCAAAUUUUCCAAAUCCUGGAAAAGACGUAGAAGAGGGAGAAAUUGAUUGAGUUAUGCUGCUGGUAUUCAUGAAUGAUAAUGAAUGAAGUUUCCAAAGCAAUACCACAUCUGGUUACUAGAAGACAAAAAUCUUGGUACAGCUACUUUAAUCUGGCCAUAGGACCAUUUAAGGCCUCAGGUGGAGCUCCCUUGUAUGAUUGCCUGGGCUGAUAGCCGCUUGAGAUGCUGCAAGUAUACAUUACUUGGAAAUUCAGAAUGUUGACAUAUAUUCGAGGUGCAUCGAAUUAAAAAAAAAAAAAAAGGAAAAAAAAUUAUAUGCUAUAAACUUCAAACAUCAGCAGUUAUUUGGGGUGAGUUGGUUGUCUAUUGCAUUAGUGAAUUUCAUUGAAGUACAUUUAAAAAAGGUGUAAAAAUGACUGAUUAUAGAAACAAUUUUAAAUUA